AUUGUGAGAAAGCCUGGGAGUGGCAGGAAGGAGGAGAGGCAGAGGAGAAAGACGAAGAGGUCAAGCAGCUGUACGCGAAUCAGGAUUUCCCUGAGUAUUUACACAGCAUCCUUCCAUUUACGGCAGCAGUAUGGCUGAGGGCUCAGUGUCUCUGGCAGAGGUGGAGACCUCCUUCCAGAAGUUUGCAGUCCAUGGCGACACUAAAGCCACAGGGAAGGAGAUGAACGGCAAGAACUUCGCUAAGCUCUGCAAGGACUGCAACAUCAUCGACGGCAAGAACGUCACCACUACAGAUGCUGACAUUGUUUUCAGCAAAGUCAAGGCAAAGUCGGUUCGUGUAAUCACAUUUGAGCAGUUCAGCCAGGCCCUGACAGAGUUGGCUCCCAAACGAUUCAAAGGCAAAAGCAAAGACGAGUCGCUUCAGCAGCUCUAUGGUCUCAUUGUUGGUAAGGAGCCUGCCAACGUCGGAAUCACUAAAGUAGCGAAGGCAGCAGCAGUGGACAGACUGACCGACACCACCAAAUACACCGGAGCGCACAAGGAGCGGUUCGACGAGUCAGGCAAAGGUAAAGGAAAGGCCGGACGCGAGGACAUCCCCGACAACAGUGGCUAUGUGGGAGCUUACAAGGGCAGCGGCACUUAUGAACAAAAAGUGAAAGAAGCAUAAUUCUGACGGAGUAUGAAACUUUGUUUUAGUAACUUAAAUUAAGCGUGUUAAAAAGCAGCAUGAUUAAAUUGGCUACUAUAUUUUUCAAGAGAAAACUAAUGUUCUGCAUAAUGUCUCGUGGGCCUAGCAUUAGAAACACUAAUUGGAGCCACCGAAAAAAGGAAAAAAAAAACAUAUAA